AUGUCAUCGCAUAAUCCAGAUCACCUUCAUCCACGUCCAAAGCUCCAAGCUAGAAAAUCUUCCCCUAGGAGCAAGAACAUGGUCAUGGCUUCUCAUGGAAGAGCACCAUGGUAUGGACCAGACGGGAAAAAUGUGGAAGCCUAUGUUGUUGGAAUAGCAGGAGGAAGCGCCUCGGGAAAAACAUCCGUCGCUCGAGCUAUUCUUUCAGCGUUGAAUUAUGUUCCUACAGUCUUGAUCCUCUCUCAAGACUCUUUCUAUUGCGCUCAUACAGAUGAAGAGAUCGAGAUGGCUUUCAACAACGAUUUAGAUCUAGAUCACCCAAAUUCGAUAGACACCCCACUUUUCGUCAAGUGCUUGCUGGACCUGAAACAAGGUAAAGCAACAGAGAUACCGGUAUACUCAUUUGUCCAUCAUCAGCGUAUGCCUGAGAAGAAGUAUAUCUAUGGAGCAAGUGUGAUCAUUGUAGAAGGCAUUAUGGCUCUUCAAUCUCCUGAAUUACGAGCGUUAUACGAUCUUAAAGUGUUCGUGAAUUGUGAUUCCGACCUUAUGUUGGCACGUCGUAUAAAAAGGGACACCAAGGAAAGGGGCAGAGAUGUGGACGGUAUAUUAGAUCAAUACCUCCGUUUUGUAAAGAGUAGUUAUGAUAAUUUUGUUCAACCAUCGUCCCGUUAUGCCGAUAUUAUCGUGCCGGGAUCUUCAAAUCAAUUAGCGAUUGAAUUACUUGUGACGCAUGUGAAAAGACAACUUGAUACUCGUUCACUACGAUUUAGGAGGAUGUUGGCUGAAGAAGGAGGAGAGCAAUCCAAAGCACAAGCUAGAUCCAGAGCUUCAACGCUGGUAAAUGAGAACAACGAGAGAAAUGUUGUGCUGCUAGAACAAACAAAUCAACUUCUGGGAAUAAUGACUAUUUUACGUGAUCAAAGUACCGAUAGAGGGGAGUUCAUCUUUCACGCUGAUAGAUUAUCUACCAUUGUGGUUGAAAAAGCUUUGACCCUUAUUCCAUGUGAGACUAAGACUGUCAGAACGCCUUUAGGCAUAGAUUAUGAAGGAUCAGCGACGGAUGACCGCCUUGUGGGAAUAUCAAUUCUUAGAUCAGGCGGUCCAUUCUCUCAUGGUCUUCGAAGGGUCAUUCGUGAUGUACCGAUAGGAGCAAUGUUGAUUCAAUCAGAUCCUAAAACGGGAGAACCAUUGCUGCUCAAAACCGAUCUACCUAGUUCUGUCAAGACAAGAGAGACUAGUGGGGAGGUAAAAAUCCUUUUGCUUGACAGUCAGAUGGGUACAGGAGCCGCUGCGUUGAUGGCGAUUCGUGUAUUGCUCGAUCACGGAAUUCAAUCUACCAACAUAAUAUUCCUGACAUAUCUCAUAACCCAACCUGCUAUCCAUUCUGUCCAUCGAGCCUUCCCAGAAGUCAAAAUCGUCACAGCUUCGAUAGAUCCUGAAUUAUCAGAAAUGCACCUCUCAUACGAUACGAAUUCACUAGUAUUAGGUGAAACUUCAGGUGAGGCAGAUUUCGCUGUGAGGACGAUCGAAGAAUCAUCAACACAAGAAAGACUUGAUAAUUUAGACCUGAACCAAGAAGGACAAGAAGAGAUACCGGACAAUAGAGAUGGAUUAAAGACUGAAAAGGAGUUAUCGGCUGAUAAAUUCAAAGUCCGAGUGAAUGAAACGGAUAGGUUGAAGUUCUCAAGGGAACAUAAGAGAAACCAAAGUGGUGAGAAAAGAGUUUGGGUGAUAUCACCAGGUAUGGGGCAUAUCGGAGAUCGAUACUAUAGUUCGUAA